AUCCUGUACCUUAACAUCUAUCUUCUAGUGCCAGGUAAACUCUGGCAAAGUUUGAAUCUGUUUUUGUGUAAUUCUAAGAAAUGGUGGUCAUAAAGUUUUGUGUAUUGUCUAUUUAUAAUUUCCACACAAUUCAGCAUUCUAAAUGGAUUAUUCUAGAACACUGUUAGCACGUGCACAUUCUAGAACAAGUAGAUUGGAACCAAAUCUCUGAGCAGCUAAGCAAAUCAUUCACUCUGUCAUCUCAAUAUUGGAACAGAGAUGUUUUAAAAUGGAGCUCAUGAUCAAAGUGUUUGCUUUGUUUCUUGUGAAGUUUAUCCCUUCAUUGAAGUCCUAUGAAGCAGAAGAGGAAAAAGAAGAUAUCUUUGCUAAGAUCCCUUGCCCUGCUUUCCUGAUCUUUGAUAAUGCAGCUUAUUUAGCUGACAUGACUAUAGAGCUCCCUUGCAACUGUAAACCUGAAGAGGUCAACGAUGUGGUCUGGUUCUACCAGAAAUACCUUGGCCACAUGAAUACCAGAGUCCUGACCGAUUUCAACGGCACCAAGUUCAUAGACUCUGCAGAAAUAGGGCUGGGAUCAGACAUCCAGAACCGCUUCAUUAUCCGUCUUUUCAGCCUGGUUAUCUUCCGUUCCCAACAUAGCGAUUCCGGCCACUACAUCUGCGGUACAUCCAGAGGGGAAUUCUUUUAUGGUUAUGAUGUGGAUAUACAGGAAGCGCGUAGCACGGCGAUUUCCAAAAAUGACCUACAUCAAGCUGUGAAACCAGGAGAGCCUGAAAAGACCAAGGAAUAUAAUGUUUUCACUAGUUUCUGGGACUGGACCAUGUGUGACCGAUGUGACGUGAGAGGCGAGCAGACCAAAGUGGGGUUCUGCUACUUCCAAAGUCAAUUCCUUUACAGCCGCUACAGACGCAAGAUCCCAAGCGUGGCCUCUUGCGGGUCAGCCUCUGUCCCCCGCCGCUUCAAGAAGAAACUGCAGAUGAAGAAAGCAGAGUACCUAGUCCGCAGCUGUAUAACCACCUGCCCUCCUCCAUCUGAGGUAUUAACCGGGGAAAAAUCCUUUCUAGAAAUCUUGGGAUUUAGUUCCAAAACUCCCACGGUGGCCAUUCAAUACCACAUGCAUCCAGUGGGCUACCCUCUCAUCCUGGCUUGUCCAGGGGCUAGACCUGAGCACGCCGUGGCCUGGGACAAAGGUGAAGAAAGGCUGUACCGUGCCGAGUUCAUGGUGGGACUCAACAAGACCACGCGGAUAUACAUCGACCAAGGCAAUAACCUGCAUUUCCGCGUUGUACAGAAGGAUGACAAGGGGACUUACUUCUGCUGGCUCCAGGGAAAGAAAAUAGCUGGAUUCAGGCUAGGCGUGUCCAUACGUUCCAAACACCUACGCAAGAUCACAGACCCUGAAUCCAUCUAUGCAAUAAGGGCCCUAUUGUUCACCUACAUGGUAUUCACAGCUGCUUUUGUAAUGUUUCAGGCUUUGAAGUUUUUCUGGUAUUUUUUUACAUGCCAAAUGUGUUCUUGAUAAAGGAAGUACCUUUUGGUGCACAGAAUGGGAGUUCUAACCCACAGAAGAAUAUCAGCAGUUUUUGAAGGCUUAAGACAAGAAUGUUUUGGAAGAUUUUUUCUUUCUGUGUUAAACAAUAGCAUGGGAAACGAUAGGAAAGGUCUGUAUAUUGUAAUAGGCCUUUCAUUUUGUGCCAUAGGUUCUAAUUUACUUUAUAUUUGAACAGUGCAAUAUUAAAGAAUAUUAAAGCUAAAAGGAAAAUGGAUUUUAAAU